AUGCUAUAUGCGGUCCUAGAGUACUUCAAGGGCAAGAGCAUUCUGGUCACUGGUUCAACUGGCUUUCUAGGGAAAGUGCUCGUGGGGAAGAUAUUAAGGGUUCAGCCUGAUGUCAAGAAACUUUUCCUACUUGUUCAAGCCACCGAUUUCGAAUGUGCAACUCAGAGGAUUCAGACUGAGGUGACAGGUAGGGAGGUCUUUCAAGCUCUGAAAGAAAAGCAUGGAAAUGGGCUUGUAGAUUUCAUCCAAGCAAAGGUAUGCCCUUUGCCAAGGGACAGCAUGUAUGAGGACUUGGGCUUAGGCCAUGCUAGACUGAUAGAAGUAUCUAAAGAAAUAGAUGUCAUUGUCAAUGGAGCUGCGACUAUAAAGUUCUAUGAAAGAGACGAUGUGGCUUUGGAUGCAAAUGUCAUGGGAGUCAAGCACAUAUGUGAAUUCGCAAAGAGUUGUUAUAAACUCAAGAUGUUGCUAUACGUUUCAACAGCUUACGUAGCCGGUGAACAAGAAGGGUCGAUAUUGCUAGAGAGGCCAUUCCUGAUGGGUGAAAGCUUAGAUAUUGAAUCAGAGGGGCUCCUCUCGAGGAGACAUACAAGCGUCUCGCUGACAUGUUUAUUAAUUCCUGCACGAUAUGUGUGUUGUAUAUGUGCAAAAACUACAUGUAGGGCAAGAGAGUUUGGGUGGCCAAACACCUGUGUGUUCACCAAGGCAAUGGGGGAGAUGCUGCUUGUGCACUUGCGAGGAGAUCUCCCUGUUGUCAUCAUCCGGCCGAGUAUCAUAACCAGCAUCUUCAAGGAACCUUUGCCGGCAUGGAUGGAAGGGAUCAGCUUUGAUGACACGAAUACAGAGAGGCUGAGAGCAGCGAUGAAGAAGAACAAGGAGCAAGACAGGAACGAGGAUUAUGACUGCUUUGGUUUUGAUCCGAAGUCUAUAGACUGGGAUGACUAUUUCUAUAGGAUUCACAUCCCUGGUGUGGUCAAGUAUCUCUGCGAUUAA